AUGGACCUCAACAGAAAGCCUUUCGCGGAGUACCAGCCUGAGCUCUAUGACACCUUUAGCAAGAUCAUGGGCCUUGCCAGAGAGCUGAACACCAGCCUCGACCCGCCCGAGUUCCCCACCAAGCGCCCGGUGCAGAUCAAUUUGCUCAACAACCCGGCCUGUGCCGACCCCAAGGUCACCGUCAAGCGCGAUGACUUCCUCUGGUCCAAGUCGCCCGAGUUCUGCCGGGACGUCGAGGUUCCGGUGGACGAGGUCGGCAAGGAGAUGCAGAAGAGGAACGUGUACAGCACGGUGCCGAUCUACAUCAACUACGAGUGGCGUCAGGUGUGGAACAUGUGCCUCAUCGACACUCCCGCGCUUGUGCCCUCGUCCAAGCACUUCCUGGGCGAGGACGAGGAGGACACCGACACCGACCGCGAAGACGAGGCCGUCGCCGGUUCCUCGAUCGCGGCCGAGGGUGAAGGCGGCGCGGCCAGCGCCGCGUCUGCCGCUGCGGCCCAGGCCCUGCCGCCAUCGCCGGCCAAGGCGCCGCCGUCGAGCGACAGCAGCGUGGCGGGCGGCGACGACAAGGCCGGUGCGGCGGGCGACGAUGGCGCGGACUCUGGCACGGAGGCGGUCAAGGGCCGUGGCCGCAGGAGCAAGACCCCGAGCGAGGACAAGAAGAGCGCCCGCAUGCAACAGACCAUCCUGGAGCUCAUCACGCCCGCCGAGCGGUUCAUCGUGGCCGUGGAGGAGGCGGCGACACCCACCUACGUCAUGCCGCGCGUGGUCCAGGCGAUCGACCCUAAGUACCACCGCACUGAGCACCUCAAGACGAUCUUGACCUCGAAGGACGUGAACAAAUACCUCUACAGCUUCCAGCCCAACUGCCGCACCUUCCUGACCAGCUUCCAGCCCGGGAGCAGCCCCGUCUAUUCCAAGGCCCAGACCUUCAAGGACAAGAUCGCCGACUCCAUCAAGGACGACCUGAAGCAGCUGGAGUCCCUCCAGUACGAUAAAAGGCAUAUGAAUGCUGUGGGCGCCCACGCGCUGAGGCGCUACCUGCUGGAGCAGGGCUGGCGCCACUACCUCGAGGUGAUCCCCGAGAUCCUGAAGAACCUCUCCACCAAGAAGAACUCCAUCAUGGCCAAACUGCAUGACGUGGCGGACCAGCUGCAGAGCAUGGAGGCCGGCAGGCUGCGCACCCUUGCCACGGCCUACGCCAUGUCGUUCCUGCAGAACCUGGAGCGCCUGGUGAAGGGCACCCUCGACGGCAUUCCCACCCAGAACGGCCAGACGCUCGAGGAGGAGAUGGACACUCCCGAGGUGGGCGACUGGCUGGACCUCAGCUUCCGCCCUAUCAUGCUCUACCCCGACGAGUGGAACAUCCCCUACACCCAGAACAAGCUCUAUGGCAAGCAGCAGUUCGAGCGUCUCUUAUCACAGUUCCGCGCCAUCACCGACCACACCGAAAUGGGACUGGUGACGAUGGAUGACGUGGCGUGCUCGGCCGGGCCGACCAAGAUCUCGACGGUCUCGAACUUUGCCUGGGUGGCGAGCGAUCUGGCCAAGCGCAAGGUGGAGAAGACUCUGAAGCCGCUCAUCCAGCAGCUCAAGAACAGGGCCGUCUACAUCCUCAAGAGGCUCGUCGACAUCGUCGACAAGAUGGUGGCCGUGCAGAAGAUGAAGAAGAGUGCCCACCACGGCCCCGCAAGCAAGCUGGCAACCUCCACCUUUACGCUACGACCCAAUGCGGCCAGCGUGUCGCGGAACAACCGACACUCGACCGGCCACGCUGACAAGGUGGUCAUGAACGAGAACUCGGGCGACUUCCCCUACUUCAUCCACAGCGUGAAGGUGCUCUUCAUGAACUUUGUGGACGAGGUGGCCCAGGACUGCUUCGAGAAGUGCCAGGACGAGUUCUUCUGCACCCAGAUCAUCUACUGGGACAUGGUCCAACAUGUAACCAACAGCUUCAGCGAGCACACGUUCCCGGAAAAGAGCAACUCGCUCAACCUCUACCAACAGAAGGAGGAGGUGACCGCCCUAGCCCGCAUCCUCUACAAGGAAAUCAAGGACCGCGUCUCCACCAACGUGCUCCUCAAGUUUCACAACUUCUUCUUCGUCCCCAUGCAAAGCGACCUGUGGGGCGCUGUGCAGGGCAAGGUCACUUCGCUGUCGGAUGCGCAGCUGGCCGAGCUGUUCCAGGUGGAGCCCAACAAGGUGGCCCUCAAGGAGCAGGAGACCAAACUGCAGGCCCAGAUGAAGGCCCUCUCCGCCCUCGAGAUCUCCUUCAUGGAACAAUCCUCCCGCUUCUCCCGCCCGCAGUGA